GAUGGGAACUGUGGAGCCGCUCAUCGCGAGCAGAGCACUCCGUAAUGCUCAUCCAUGGCGGACAAGCUGCAUCAAGAGGCUUCCACCGCUCACUCUUCAUUUUCAGUCAACAUCCACCACACCACUCUGUUUCUCCUCCUCUCCUUCGUCUCUCGCCACUGGAAAGAUGUUCCGUCAUCCUUCUUCUUCCGUCCCCUUUCCCUAGGAGGCGCUGGACCACGAAGACGGCUCUCAGGUUCCUCUGUUCGCUUCCUGCCGACAGUCACGAGCCCACGCCGGCUCUCCGCCUCUCGCAGCGGGUUGCUGACGGGUCGGACAAGGCCAGGCUCGACGCUUGGCUUGCUUCCCGCAUGGAGACCGUAAGCCGUGCUCGAAUUCAGGCCAGUAUUCGUGCAGGGCUCGUGUUGGUUAACGGGAAUCCCGUGAAGAAGGUCUCACAAGUCAUCAGAAAGGGUGAUUGGGUGGAUUGUUCUGUUGCAGAGCUAGAACCUCUGAGGGCGAAGCCAGAAAAUAUACCGAUCAAUAUUGUUUACGAAGAUGCUCAUGUUCUCGUCGUUAAUAAGCCGCCCCAUAUGGUUGUUCAUCCUGCCCCUGGUCAUCCAAGUGGGACACUUGUAAAUGCUAUUCUUCAUCAUUGUGGCUUCCCGGCUGUUGGAUUGGAUAUUGGUGACGACAGUUCUGAUGCAGAGGAUGAUGCAAUUGAUUUGCACUGUGAUGAAUUUGAUGAACUUCUGACUGAUAAAAGAUCUGCCGUGUAUGAUGAUUCUAUGGCUAGUACAUCUAUACGCCCUGGCAUUGUACACAGGCUGGACAAAGGGACAAGUGGGUUACUUGUUGUUGCGAAGGAUGUACAUUCUCAUGCUCAUUUAGCAGAACAAUUCAAGGCACAUACGAUUCAUAGAGUGUAUAUUAGUCUUACAGCUGGGGUUCCUGUUCCUAGUAGUGGGCGUCUUGAGAUUCCAAUAGCCCGUGAUUCAAAUAACAGAAUACGAAUGACUGCUGUUCCUUGCUUGAAUAACAACAGACGAGCUCGCUUCGCUGCUAGUAGGUACCGAGUGAUUGAGGUACUUGCUGGAGGAGGUGCUGCUCUUGUGGAAUGGAGAUUAGAAACGGGGAGGACUCAUCAGAUCCGUGCCCAUGCCAAAUAUUUGGGAAUUCCUCUUUUAGGUGACGAAGUGUAUGGGGGAACCGAAGGUAUGGUUUUAUCACGUCUCCAGCCAAAAACACCCUCUUGUUAUCACAGCCAUCUGUUUGACAUCGUGUCCAACAUACAAAGGCCUUGCCUGCAUGCAUUAACUCUUGGUUUUAGGCAUCCACGCACUGGGGAAGAUGUAAAAUUCUCAUGCCCGCCAGCGUCGGAUUUCACAGAAGUCCUGUGCACGCUCCGGAAGAUUGGUACUAAGGCAGAAACAUCUCCUGUAUAAGUAGUUCCAUUAAUGGUGGUUAUUCCAUGCUUCUUUGCUGUUGUUACAAGAUUAACAGAAGCAGCAGAACAGUUUUGAUGGAAGAAAUGUCAAUUUACUGAAGAGAAAGACUUAUAUAUUAAUGUUGGUUAUUCCAUGCUUGAACAAAUAUAAUCUACCAAAUCUUAUAUUCUCUGAUCAAAAA